UUAAACAUUACAAUUUCGUAAAAAUAAACCAUAAAAAAUAUAUUACAAUAUAUUUUUCAACUAAUUUCCGCAUAAAUACAUAAAUAAACCCGCACCAGCAUGCCGUUACCAUCUCACAAUUUGCGCCUAAAUGUAUGCAACUUUAAGCCGGAGCCACACCAGCGCUGCCGGCGUCAUAGAAAUAUGACACUUCCAGCAUCUGCAAUUCUACCAGGCGACCAGGAACAGGUGGCUGGCGGGCCAAAAAAUACAUGCAACUUCUUUGAGCGGCGCGCAUUCACAAUAGCGUAUUGAGAAAACUAUUUUGAACUUGCAAGUUUCUCGACAUAUUUGAUAAGUACAAUAAACACGUGCUACCAAUAAAAAUAAUUAUAUAAAGCACAAAUAAAAAUAAAUAAAUAAUUAAAAGAUUUUCAAUAAUUUCAGACAUUUUAUUAUUGUGAAUAGUUACAGUUGAAAGAAGUUGCAACCACUGACAUACCAACACAUGUUUUGAUUCGAAGCACAAAAAUAUUGAAGAAAACGGGGGCGCAUAACUUAUUUAGAAAAUUCCUGAAAGAAAAUCGAACCCAAAAUACUCAAAUGGCUAACGAUUCCUUCGAUAGUGAUUAUAAUGUUGAAGAGUUUGUGAAGCCAAAGCGUGUACGGCGCACAGUAAAUGACGAGACGGCUGAUUUGCUGGGCAACUUUGACGAUAUCAAACGACAGGAAAUACUGAAUGGCACCUAUAUAGAAAAAGAGACAGCAACCGAUUCCAGCGAUGGUGAGGAGGAACAUAGCGAUGACGAAAAGACAAAUGAGGAAGAAGCUACAGAAAAUGGUGAAGCGAAGAAAGAUGCCCGUGCAACACAAGCAAAUGGCGCUAGCAAAAGCGACGAAGAGGACACCGAUGAAGUGAAAACCAAUUUGACAAAAGAACAGUUGGGUGCGUUAAUGCGUGGCGCAGCAAAAGCCAAUCGACACGUGCUCUAUGUGACAAAUUUAAAUUUCGAAACGACUAAAUCCGAUUUGGAGUCGCACUUCGGAAACGCUGGUGCGGUGAAAGGUGUGCGCAUACCAAAGAAGCGAUGCGGUGGUUUUGCCUUUGUGGAAAUGGCUGAUCUUGAGGGCUAUCAACGUGGUUUUCAACUGCACAAUUCGAUGUUGCAAGGACGUACGAUUAAAGUGCAAUUCUCAGAGGCGGGCAAAAAGAAGUCUGCAAAUAAGAAAAACAUAUUGAAACAAAAAAAUAGAAAAUUAGCUGAAAUGCGUAACGAACAGAAAACAUUUACGAAGAGCGGUAAAUUCUACGAUAAAAAUUUAAAAAAGGAGAAAGCAAAGGAUCUGCUUGCGCGUAAACGUUGGCGUAAGCCGGCAGGUGCUCGAGGACCGAAACCUUAAUUUUAACGUUUGAUAUUGUAGUUAGAAAUAUUAUUAAAAUAUUUAUUUUACUGAAACAACUUA